CAUGGCGGCAGCCGCGCGGGACUCACGUGGGAGCGCCGGGAAAAAGCUGAAAAGUUCGCUGCAGAAGAAGAAGAAGAUGAAAGCGGUGGCCAGGGCUGUGGCGGCGCAGCUGGAAGGUGAGGACGAGGACGCUCCCGACAGUGGAGGGAACGGCCGGCACGGCGCGCCUAAGAAUCCCCUUCCAUCUGAUGAUGAAGCAGUCGAAGCCGACAACGAGGAAGAAUUUGAGCCUCAGGCUCCCAGCGGCCUUGAAAAUUCUGCAGAGUGCAGCCUGGGAGCUAAUGGGGGCUGGGCAGAUGCCAUGGCCAAAAUUCUUAACAGAAAAACUCCUAAAAGCAAAGCCACCAUUCUGGUCAAAAACAAGGAGCUGGAGAAGGAAAAAGAGAAGUUAAAGCAAGAGAGACUGGAGAGAAGAGCGCAGCUUGACAAGAAGCGGGAAUGGGAAAUGAUGUGCAGAGUCAAGCCAGAUGUCGUCAAAGACAAAGAAACCGAGAGAAAUCUUCAGAGGAUCGCAACGAGGGGCGUGGUGCAGUUAUUUAACGCUGUUCAGAAGCAUCAAAAGAACGUUGAUGAGAAGGUUAAAGAAGCGGGAGGCUCCAUUAGGAAACGUGCUAAGCUGAUCUCAACUGUUUCCAAGAAAGACUUCAUCAGUGUUCUGCGAGGCAUGGAUGGAAGUUCGCAAGAGAAAAGUGGGAAGAACCCGAGAGACAAGCAGAGCACAGGAAACUCAGAAGAGGGCCCCAGCUGGAAGAUCUUGCGGGACGACUUCAUGAUGGGCAGCACCAUGAAGGACUGGGAUCGGGAGAGCGACGGGCCCGCUGCAAGUGACCCCGACACCUGAGCCCUCAGGACACUGAGCUUCCGGUCCUGUCCUCCAGGGACUGGGCAUGCUGCUGUGACAGCAAGAAAGCCCGAGGCUUUGCGGUUCAGGCCCCACUGUAAUGUUUUGGACAUUUUAAACAUUAUUCCUCAACAUGUUUGUGAAAAGAAACAUUUCUGUAUGACUGAAGAAAUAGGUAUUUAGUUGGACUGUUACAGAUUGGCAUACUGGUGAUAGAUGUUGAGGUUUGGUUCUAUAUUGCCUAUUUCUGGAAAUGCAUAUGGGAAAAUGAACUUGAAGUUCCUAUUUUUCCACCAUCUAACUUAGAGACUUACAGAAUUUUCCUUCAGAUGCUAAGUUUUAGAUAUACAUAUAUAUAUAUGUGCAUGUGUAUACAUAUGUAUGUAUAUGCACACAUAUGGAGAUACAGAAAUACCAACCUUUGUUAAGUUAUUUUUGUAUAAGAGAUUUACUAAGACAAAGUUCUUGUAUUUGUUUUGCCAACAAGGCAUACAUAUUUUUUUAGGAAGCAUGUGGAAUAUUUGUCAAGCUAAAAUUCUUUUAUGGGCUGGCAGACCCCUAAGACAGUGCCGUUAGGCAGCUGGUCAUUCGCAUCAGAACAUAGCAUCUGAUUUGAAACUUCAUUCCUGAAUGUUGCCUCAGAGAUUGUUCCAAAAAAUGGGGCAAAUUUUCAUGUGAAAUUGUUAAAAAAAAAAAGGAAGAGAAGAAAAGCACUGGAUGAGCCCCAAGUUUCAGUAAAACUGAGCCCGAGAUUUGUUGAAGGUAGGGGAGUGGUUUAAUAAAUGUGAUCUGUUUCGUUCCUUAAGGGUCCGUUCCUCUCAUCUUUCCAUAAUGAAAAGACUCGCUCUUUCUCCCCAGUACUUGCAACAUACUUGCAUCUGUUAGGGAUCAAAGAAUUAUUCUCCCCCCCUCAGGACUGUGCUGUGUAGAGAUGUUUGUAUUUUCAGAUCCUUUUGAGUGUUACAAGUAUUACAUAAUGAAAGCUAAAUUAGUCCAGCAGCUGGUACUUGAUACCAUAAAAGAAGGGACAUACUUAAAAUAACAAUCUACUAAACCAGAGAAGAUCAAAAUUCAAUUUUCAUAUUCCAAAUUUUCAGCUUUUGUGAUUUAUAAAAUUAUAGAACUACCAUUAUGUCAAUGUAAUGAAAAUAAAACAUGAAAAAGCAAAUUUUAGUAGUAA